AUGGAUAGUUUAGACAUGAAUAUAAAAUUUAAGCUUAUUUCCUCUAACAUAAAUAGCAUUCCUCCAUAUGAUGGAAACAGAGAUGCAUUAUUAAAUUUUGUACAGCGUAUAGAUUACAUGUGCCCAAUGUUAGACACUUUUACUGCUCAAGAAUAUAAAAUUCUAUUAAUUGGUCAAAUUAAAGAUAACAUUAUUGGAAACGCUAGGAGAUCUCUUUUAAUAAAUGGAAACCCGGAUACUUGGCCGGAAGUUAAAAGAGUUCUUAUAGAUAACCAUGGCGAAAAAAAUUCGGUUGACGAACUCAUUGACAAAAUUAGAAUCUGUAGAUGUGAUUCGACAAUUGAAGCUUUUUAUAAUUCCCUUAAUACUUUGUUAUGUCGGUUAAAUAACGCGUCAAUACUUUGCACAAAUAGUACUUCCAGUGAAAGCAAUGCCAGAAUUGCUUUGAAUUCAUUUAAACAUGGUUUACCCGAACCUGUCAAAAGUAUUAUUGUUAGUAGGAAACCUAAAACUUUAAAAGACGCAUAUGAUAUUAUAAAAUCAAAUGGUUACUUAAACUAUAAAAAUCAGCAAAAAUUUUUUUUUAACAGUUGUUCGCUUAACAGAAGCAGCAACUUAGAACAUAAUGCUAAUAACAUGAAUUUUGCUACUCAACAACGUAGACAGCAACAUAGUUAUAACAGAGGACCUAAUAUGAACCAAUAUCAUAAUUAA